GGAGUGUAGAAUGUAUCACAUCCAUCAAACAGGCAGCAUUCUCAUCUAUGAUGGAAAUUGAUGCGUGACUGAUCAGGGAUAAUGAUGGCGGACUGAUUCUCCCACAGAAAGCAGAGCUUUUCCAUUCCAACUAAGCAAAGGAAACACUAACCUUCUGAAAUGAAGUUAGCUUGACAAGCUCACACCAGGUAACCCAAAAGCUGCUCCUCUGUGCCAAGGACGACAAAGAAACUGGCACUUCGGGGACCCAAAGUCAGCAGAAAAGCACCCUGUUUUCGUGGUAACAGAUGGAAGCCUUUACUCUGUAAGGACUAAUUUGCUGAGGAGAACUAGGACAAGAUGAAAGAUCCGCUGUUUGUGAUCUGUUUGUUAGCAGGACUCGUACUGACUGGAUCUAAGUGGACAGAGGCGUGUCUUAAGCUCUGCAAAUGUGGAAUCAAACCUUGGUUUUCUCACUCAUCCUUUUAUUUUGAGGCUUUAACUGUGGACUGUAAUGAUCUGGGACUUGUUUCCGUUCCUGAGACACUACCGUCGGACACACAUGUUCUUCUGUUACAGAGCAACAAUAUUGGAAAUAUUAAAAAACCCUUGGAUUACAUGGUAAACCUGACUGAACUGAACCUGUCGCAGAACAAUGUCUCUUCUCUUGGCGAUGUCUUUCUUGGUAAACUUGCUCAGCUUCUGUCUUUUCACCUGGAAGAAAACCGGAUAACAAGCCUUUAUGAUAACAGCUUUGCCCACCUACCGAGUCUUCAGGAACUCUACAUCAACCAUAACCUUGUCUCGCAUAUCAGUCCUAUGGCUUUUCAUGGACUUGGCAACCUCCUGCGACUCCAUCUCAACUCAAACCAUCUGCAGGUCAUCCGACAAGAAUGGUUCCAUCCACUUAACCAAUUAGAAAUACUGAUCAUCGGGGAUAACCCAGUUGUUCAGAUACAAGACAUGAAUUUUAAGCCACUCUGCAAUCUCCGUAGUCUUGUCCUAGCAAGAAUGAACCUUACGGAAAUCCCUAAUGAUGCUCUGGUAGGUCUGGAUAAAUUGGAAAGUAUAUCGUUCUACGAAAACAAGUUUGCCAAGGUGCCCCGAGAUGCCCUUCGAAAGCUAAAAAGUCUUAAAUUUUUGGAUCUUAACAAGAAUCCAAUCGAAAGACUUACUCAAGGCGACUUUUCUGAUGUCAUCCAUCUGAAAGAGUUAGGAAUCAACAGCAUGCCGAAGUUAGUCUCGAUUGACAGCUUUGCUGUCACGAACCUUCCUGAGCUGACCAAGAUUGAGGCUACCAACAACCCCAGACUGUCGUACAUCCAUCCCAAUGCCUUCUAUAACCUUCCAAGACUGGAGACCCUGAUGCUCAACAACAAUGCCAUCAGUGCACUCCACAGCGUCACGAUCGAGUCCCUGCCCAGCCUCCAGGAGGUGAGCCUGCACUCCAAUCCAAUUCACUGCGACUGUGUGGUCCGUUGGAUCAACAUGGACAAAACUAAGAUCCGCUUCAUGGAGUCGGAUGCUCUUUUGUGCACAGGUCCUCCAGAGUUCGAAGGUCGACAUGUCAGGGAUGUGCACUUCCGAGAGAUGAUGGACAUCUGCCUUCCUGUUAUUUCUCCUGAAAGCCUUCCUGAGCGUAUCACAGUCCCUGCUGGUCAGUCAGUCUCAUUACACUGCAGGUCGUACGCUGAACCAAAUCCAGAGAUCUACUGGGUAACCCCUUCAGGAGAAAGAAUCUUACCGAGGAUGGUGUCGAACAAGUAUUUUGUGCAUCCUGAAGGAACGUUUGAGAUAUCCAACAUUUUGGAGCGAGAUGCAGGCCGGUACACUUGCAUUGCACAUAAUCUCAUUGGAGCUGACACGAGGUCUGUUUCCGUGGCUGUAAACGGGCACUUUCCAGAACCUUUAAACAGAUCUUUAGAUCUACACAUCGAUGGAAUACAACACCACUCAGUAAAGAUUUCUUGGGUCCCACCUAAGAGCAGCCUUGUGUCGAAUAUCAAGUGGUCCACUAUGUUGAUCUCAAACCGCCCUUCCGUAUGGUUCACGGCACGUGUCCCGGCUGAUGCGAAGAUAUUUAAUCUGACAGAUUUGCUUCCCCUUACGCAGUAUGAGGUGUGUGUUGAAAUUACAGAUUUGCAAAAAAGGCAGCUCAGGAAUUGUAUGAACGUCAGUACAACAGACCAAGCUGCUUCAGUUCACAAAUCUGACAAGGAUGAAGCGUUGAUCAUCAGCGCCAUCGGUCUGCUUUUGAUGACAUCCACCGUGACAUGUUUACUCAUCUACAAGUCUCUCAGUAGUGAUCAUUUUUACACAAAGUUAAGUAACAAAGAAGCCAAAAUACCACAAAGUCCAACCCCCUUUCAACCGUCCCACCCUGAUCAACUCUGGAAACCAGAAGCGGAUGCAUCAGUCCUGGACUUAACAAACGAUACAAUCUAAAAAAAAAAACACUUCUGUGAUGAAACAACAAAACAAAAUGCAAUGGACACAAGACUUUGAUAGACAUUUUCCAUUGUUGUUUCAAAGUAAACCUGCGAUAACACAGUAACACAGCAAAAAAGGAAUACAAGACUCAGGAGUCGUCAUCGUGGAACAAUGUGACAUUGUCUAAACUCGACACUUCCUUUAGUCUAAAUGUCACGUAUGGGAAUCAAUCCACUCGAGCUGCCUGGUGAGAAAUGUUCCUUCAGACAGGAUCAAGGCUCAGAACAUUAAAGCUUGUGUCUGAAUGCCUGACUGUUCAUGUAUAAUGCAGAUCCACGGUAGCUUUUGUUUCUAUUGUGGGCUUGUAGCAAUACUAUCUGCUCUGUUUUAGUGGGAAGCUAAACAAAAUAAAUUUUAUGAUCCGCUACGCUCAUAGAGUAGAUGACUAAAGUGUACAGAUGUUAAAGACUUUGUGGCAGAAAUACAUUUAUAUAAAAAAACUACAAACUGGUCGUCUGGAAUCUCAGGAAAGCAACGAUUUUCUGCUACAAUCUUUCACAUUUUUAUCAGGCACUUGAGACUAUGUUACAAAACAGGGUGUCCACAAUAACCCUCAAGUCAAUACUUAGGAAAACUUUUUGUCCACCUUAAAUGUCAUAAAAUAUGGAUUUAUUUUAAUGUGAAAAUACAUGUGAGAAAAACUGAGGACUUUUUUUUAUUAUUUACAUAAACUUUACAUUUUCUCAUGUUAGCUUGUUUCUCUAGAGGGAAAAUAAAGCAAUUAAACACUCAUCUAGCUUAUACAUGAGUACUAUGUCAGACAAGGUGUUUUAAGGAUCUGCAUAAACCCCUAAAAUGUUGUAUCAAUCAUGUACUUUUUGACCACAUGUGAGGUAUGGACACCUUUGAGGGGUACAAAAGACAAAUCAAUAAGCUAUUAAGUGAAUAAAAUGCAAUUUUAGUCUAA